CUGGUGUUCAGUCAGUGAGUGGAGCAGCAGACAGUUCAGUCGGACCGUCGGACAGUCGCAGCAGCAGCAGUUAUGCCUGUUGCUGGUCCGGAUCUCCACGGAGCGCUCAUGUCCCAGCAGAGAACUUCACCGCCCGGAGACCGCAGUCCACUCAAGACCCGAGGAUAAUACGUCUAAUAAUACAAUUAAUAAGAAUAUUGGAAUAAUAAUAAUAAUACUGGUGUGAGUAGAGUUGGAUGUGGCAGAGGCAGCGCAGGCGGAGAGCCCGCAGUGAGCGGAGAGCAACACAGUUUAUUAAGAAGAGGAACCGCAGGCUGAACGUGGACAAUCAUGCAUGUGCUCCUCUGGGCUCUGGGCUUCCUGCUUCUCCCGGAUUAUUUCAUGAAUGUCGCCGCAUCUACGGGGAGAUUACUUUUGAAUUCCAGCACAGUAAAAGAGGAAGUUGGCUCGUAUGAGAUUGUAACGCCGGUGCGAGUGGACGAAGCCGGGGACACGUUUCCACCCAGCGUCCACUUCCGAAGGAAAAGACGGAGUCUGGACGAGAGCGACGCCGCGGAUCACUGGACGUCUCCAAAUAUCCACUACAGGAUUUCUGCUUUUGGACAGAACUUUCACCUCAACCUCACGCUGGACUCGGGAUUUAUCGCACCUUCAUACACUGUGACAAUACUCGGACUACCACCAGGGGGCAACCUAACGGAUUAUUCUAUGGAUGUUGGGAUGAACGAGGACGAGGAGGAGGAGGAGGAGGACACAGAGUUAAGACACUGCUUCUAUAAAGGACACGUAAAUGCACAGGAAGAACAUGCCGCUGUCAUCAGUUUGUGCUCGGGACUGCUUGGCACUUUCAGGUCUCCAGAGGGGGAGUUUUUUGUGGAGCCCCUGCAAACUUAUCAAGGAGAACACUAUGAAGAGGAACACACAAAACCUCAUGUUGUUUACAAGAAGAGUGCACCCAAGAAACAAACCCCCGAGGAGGAGAUCUCUGCUUGUGACACUUCAGGACACAAACACAGACAGAAGAGGCACACGCUGAAGAGAAGGCCCGCAGCCGCCGUGACCACCAGGUCCACUGCUGCCCCUGUGGUCAGUGCCGGUAUGUUCGGCGACGUGGAGUCGCUGAGUUCCCGUCUGGCCAGCGGUGAUUUACUGGGAUCACAGAGCAGUGGUGGCGGCGGCGGCGGCGGCGGCAGCGGCGGCAGUGGCGGCGAUGCCAGCGCUCGACCUUCAAACGGCAGCAGUGGCGACUCGGGACCUCACAGGAGAUCAAAACGCUUCCUCUCCUACCCACGCUUUGUGGAGGUCAUGCUGGUGGCCGACAACAAAAUGGUGGAGCAUCACGGAGGCAACCUGCAGCACUACAUCCUCACACUGAUGUCCAUAGUCUCUUCCAUCUACAAGGACCCCAGCAUUGGAAACCUGAUUAACAUUGUGAUCGUGAAGUUAGUCAUAAUAAACGACGAGCUGGACGGUCCAGCCAUUUCAUUUAAUGCACAGACCACUUUAAAGAACUUCUGCAUUUGGCAGCAGAGUCAGAACACUGUGGACGACAACCACCACUCCCACCACGACACGGCCAUCCUCAUCACCAGACAGGACAUCUGCAGAGCGCGAGACAAAUGUGACACCUUAGGUCUUGCAGAGUUGGGCACAGUGUGUGAUCCGUACAGAAGCUGCAGCAUCAGCGAGGACAACGGACUCAGCACCGCGUUCACCAUCGCCCAUGAACUCGGUCAUGUGUUCAACAUGCCUCAUGACGACAGUAACAAGUGUAGGGAGGACGGAGUUAAGAUUCAGCAACACGUGAUGGCUCCCACGCUCAACUACAACACAAACCCUUGGAUGUGGUCCAAGUGUAGCAGGAAGUACAUCACAGAGUUCCUCGACACAGGAUAUGGCGAGUGCUUGCUCGACGAGCCCGUCUCUAGGCCGUACAGUCUCCCGCAGCAGCUGCCCGGACGGAUAUACAGUGUCAAUAAACAGUGUGAAUUGAUAUUUGGGCCGGGGACGCAGGUGUGCCCUUAUAUGACUCAGUGUCGCAGACUGUGGUGCACCAGUCCAGAAGGCGCCCAGCAGGGAUGCAGGACCCAACACAUGCCGUGGGCAGACGGCACAGACUGCGCUCCUGGAAGGCACUGCAAACACGGCGUGUGCAUCGUCAAAGAGCAGGACACGGCACCUGUGGAGGGGGCGUGGGGAGUCUGGAGCCCGUUCGGUACCUGCUCACGGACGUGCGGCGGAGGCAUCAAGAUCGCCGAGCGCGAGUGCAACCGACCUGUGCCCAGGAACGGGGGACAAUAUUGCGUCGGACGGCGAAUGAAGUUCCGCUCGUGUAACUCUGAGCCCUGCUCCAAGCCGAAGAAGGACUUCAGGGAGGAGCAGUGCGCCGCCUUUGACGGCAGACACUUCAACAUCAACGGUCUACCUCCUAAUGUUCGCUGGGUGCCCAAGUACAGCGGAAUCUUGAUGAAGGACAGGUGUAAGCUGUUCUGCAGGGUGGCAGGCAGCACGGCCUACUAUCAGCUCAGGGACCGGGUCAUUGAUGGCACGCCGUGUGGACCUGAUACCAAUGACAUCUGUGUCCAGGGCCUGUGUAGGCAGGCCGGCUGCGACCACGUGUUGAACUCCAAAGCCAGGAGGGACAAAUGUGGCGUGUGUGGCGGUGACAACUCCUCCUGUAAGACUGUGGCAGGAACCUUCAACACUGUCCGCUAUGGCUAUAACGAAGUGGUGCGAAUACCCAGCGGUGCUACAAAUAUAGACGUGCGUCAACACAGCUACUCAGGGAAGCCGGAGGACGACAACUACCUCGCCGUGUCAAACAGCCGCGGAGAGUUCCUGUUUAACGGAGACUUGGUGGUGAGCAUGUUCAAAAGGGAAAUCAAAGUGGGGAACGCCGUCAUCGAGUACAGCGGCUCUGACCACGUCAUCGAGAGGAUCAACUGCACUGACCGCAUCGAAGAGGAGCUCACUGUCCAGGUUCUGUCUGUGGGGAACCUGUACAACCCAGACGUCAGGUACUCCUUUAACAUCCCCAUUGAGGACAAACCUCAGCAGUUCUUCUGGGAUGCCUAUGGGCCCUGGCAGGAGUGCACCCGCCUGUGCCAAGGGGAGCGAAAGCGCAAGAUUCUCUGCAACAGGGAGUCGGACAGAGUCGUGGUGUCAGACCAGAGGUGUCACGGUACGACCAGACCCGCCGUCAUCACCGAGACCUGCAAUACUGAAUGUGAACUCAGGUGGCACGUGGCCCGCAAGAGUGAGUGCACGGCUCAGUGUGGCCCGGGAUAUCGCACCCUGGAGCUGUACUGUGCCAAAAUGAGCCGCGUAGACGGAAAGACCCAGAAAGUCGACGACCGCUACUGCAGCGGCCAGCGCAAACCCGACGACAAGGAAGGUUGCCAUGGAGACUGUAACCCGGGCGGCUGGGAGUACUCGCCUUGGUCAGAGUGCUCCAAGAGCUGCGGAGGCGGAAACCGUCGCCGAGGGGCCGUCUGUCGGAAGGCGACCGAGGCCGGCGGCAGCGACGGCGACGAGAGCAAGUGCAGUCAAAGGGACAAGCAGACCGUCCAACCCUGCAACGAGUUCCUCUGUCCUCAGUGGAAGACUGGGGACUGGUCUGAGUGCCUGGUGACGUGUGGGAAAGGCUACAAGCACCGGCAGACGUGGUGUCAGUUCGGCGAGGACCGUCUGGACGAUCGCUUCUGCAGCUCGUCCAAGCCCGAGUCUGUGCAGACGUGUCAGCAGCAGGAGUGUGCGUCCUGGCAGGUCGGACCCUGGGGACAGUGCACGACCUCGUGUGGUCCCGGCUACCAGACGAGAGCGGUGAAGUGUGUGGUCGGUUCUUACGGCGCCGUCAUGGAUGACACUGAAUGUAACGCCGCCACUCGACCCACAGACACCCAGGACUGUGAACUGGCUCAGUGUCCCAGCAGCCACCCUGUCCCCCCCGGAACCAAAGUCCCCUCCGACCUGACUCACAAAACCCAGUGGCGGUUUGGUUCCUGGACUCAGUGCACGGCCAGCUGCGGCAAAGGUACAAGGAUGCGCUACGUGAGUUGCCGCGACAACCAGGGCGGCGUGGCAGAGGAGGCGGCCUGCGCUCACCUCCCAAAACCCCCGGCCAGAGAAGUGUGCUCAGCAGUGGCCUGUGGACAGUGGAAAGUGCUGGAGUGGACAGUGUGCUCGGUAACCUGUGGCCAGGGGAAGACGACGCGGCAGGUAUUGUGCGUCAUCAACGACCAAGAAGUGAACGCCAGCGAGUGUGACCCGGACGAUCGUCCAGCCGCAGAGCAGGACUGCGCCAUGUCCCAGUGCCCGUCCCGCUCCAGCGAGAACCGACAUCUGCCGUCCUCACCAAACUCCAGCUCCAGGAACCACCUGCCGCGCAGCCAAGCCCACCAAUGGCGGACUGGACCCUGGGGCGCAUGCUCCAGCACAUGUGCGGGAGGUUUCCAGCGCCGCGUGGUCGUGUGCCAGGAUGAGAACGGCUACCCGGCCAGCAGCUGCGAGGACCGCAGUCGGCCAAGUGAGCAGCGAUCCUGCGAGUCAGGCCCGUGUCCACAGUGGGUCUAUGGCAACUGGGGAGAGUGCACCAAGCCGUGUGGCGGCGGGAUAAAGACCAGGCUGGUGGUGUGUCAGCGUCCAAACGGCGAGCGCUUCAACGACCUGAGCUGCGAGAUCCACGACAGGCCGCCGGACCGCGAGCAGUGCAACACCCAGCCGUGCCCGUCGAGCCCCCACUGGAACACAGACCCAUGGAGCUCGUGCUCGGCCUCCUGCGGCAGAGGCUUCAAAACCCGUAAGGUGAGCUGUGUGACCGGGUCCGGCCGCCCGGUCCCGGAGGAGAACUGCCAGCACCUGUCCGCCAAACCCGGCAAGCAGCGGAGCUGCCGAGGCGGACGCUGCCCCAAGUGGAAGACUGGUGACUGGGGAGAGUGUUCGGCUUCCUGUGGAGACGGCGUCCAGCGCAGAGACGUCUUCUGUCACAUCAGCGAGCGCCGACGUUCACACGAGAGCGGCUGCUCCCAGCGCUCGAGGCCCACGAGCAGCCGCAGCUGCCGCCGCGCACAGUGUCCGCUGUCCCGCUACCGAUGGAGGGAAGGAGAGUGGCACGAGUGCAGUAAGUCGUGUGGUUCGGGCCACAGGCGGCGAACCCUGCAGUGUGUGGACCACAACCAGCAGGAAGUCCAUGAGAUGUACUGCGUGAACCAGAUCAGACCUCCAAAGAUCGAAACCUGCAACACGCACGCCUGCGAUUACAUCUGGAUCACAGGGGAAUGGACUGAGUGCUCAGCCAGCUGUGGCCAAGGUUACCGCCAGCGUCUGAUCUCCUGCAGCGAGGUGCAUGUGGAGAACGACAACUAUGAGUACGGACAUCAGUCUCUGUCCAACUGCCCCGGGACUCCUCCUGAGAGCUACAUGCCAUGUAACCUGGAGGCGUGCCGGCCCACGCGGGCGUGGAGGGUUGGAACCUGGGGAGCGUGUUCAGUGAGCUGUGGGGACGGCGUCACAGAGAGGACGCUGCGGUGUGUGUCCACAGACGGUCAGGAGAGCAACGCUUGUUCUCCGGACACUAAACCGGACGGUCUGCAGAAAGUCUGCAGAAACCCAAGCUGCCAUUUGCCGUCCAGCUGUCAGGACGUCCAGAGCAGGAACGACGGCCCGCUCACAGACGGCGAACACUUUCUCAACAUUCAAGGAAAAACACUCAAGGUGUACUGUGCAGGGAUGCAGACAGACUCUCCUCAUGAGUUCGUCACCUUGACGACGGGAGAAGGCGAGAAUUUCUCAGAGAUUUUUGGCUUCAGGUUAAACGACCCCACUCAGUGUCCAGCGAACGGAUCCAGAAGAGCAGACUGUGACUGUCGCAGAGAUUACACAUCUGCAGGAAUCACAACCUUCUCUAAAGUUAGACUGGACAUCGACAAGAUGAACAUCAUCACGACAGACUGGCAGUUUGCUUCCACCCGAGAGGGAAAGAGCGUUCCGUUCGCCACAGCUGGAGACUGUUACAGCGCCGCCAACUGUCCGCAGGGUCAGUUCAGAAUCAACCUCUCAGGGACCGGUUUGAAGGUGACGGAGGAGACGUCGUGGAUCUCACAGGGAAACUACGCUGUGGCUGAUGUGCGGAAAUCCCAGGAUGGCAGCAGAGUGUCAGGAAUGUGUGGAGGCUACUGUGGGAAAUGUACCCCGUCCUCUGGCUCCAGUCUGCCUGUGGCUGUGGACAAAGACUAAGACCGUAAAACCAAAAAACAAUAAACAAUCAAACUCACUGUCAAUCAAAUACAGGAUGGAGAAACCCUGACCCGUGACACCUCAACUGUUUACAUGUUUCACUUCCUGUUCAUCUCAGCAGAUCUUCUUCUUCUUCUUCUUCUUCUUCUUCUUCUUCUUCUUCUUCUUCUUCUUCUUCUUCUUCUUCGCCACGCGCGACAACGUCACCUCCUCUUUCGGUGCUACGACCAAACCGCAGCUUGGACCCCGUCCGUCACGUGACCUCCAACCACUCUGUGUAGAAUGUAAAUGACUCUGGUGUAAGUACUGUACAUAUCAGGAUUACAAGUCUUCUUAUUUAUUUUACUGGUAUUGUGAUGUAAAUGAACGUGGACAGCGAUCGUCUGCAUGUGUUUAUGCAAGAUUAAGAUUAUGUCAUGGAUUAUGGAUUAUAUGAUGUCUGGUUUUCAUGCAGUGAGGAGGUGUCUCAAACGCUGUUAUGGACUGAAAGCACAGGUUCUCCACUACACUGUUCUU